AUGCAAUUUCUUUACCUAGACUAGACAUGUAUAAAUUGUGUGCAUAUAUUAUCAUUCCUAGACACAUUCUUUCCACUUAUCUCUAAUCUAGUCAAAUUCACAAAUUUUGCAUUUCUCAUACAAUUCCCAUUUUCUUUCUCCACAAAUUUCCCAAAUUAAAUUUACUCUAGAUGUUACUUGAUUUAUAAUAAAAACAUUGAUCAUGUCAAGUUCAAGAAAUGAUGUAAUAAUGGAAAUAGAAGGACAUAUGGCGCAGGGGGAUAGAAUGGUGGUGGGGGGAUUGAGUCCCCUGAGUGAAACUCUGUGGAAAGAAAGAGCAAACACAGAGUUUAUAGGAGAUGUCUCUGCAAGAUUGUCUUGGAAAGAUCUCACUGUUAUGGUCACUCUUAGUAAUGGGGAGACUCAGAAUGUUUUAGAAGGUUUAACUGGUUUUGCAGAGCCUGGAACUUUUACAGCUCUCAUGGGACCUUCUGGUUCAGGGAAAUCCACUCUUCUUGAUUCCCUGGCUAGUCGCCUCGCCGCGAAUGCUUUCCUCUCUGGGAAUAUUUAUCUUAAUGGUAGAAAACAGAAGCUCUCCUAUGGGACUGCUGCAUAUGUGACUCAAGAUGACAAUUUGAUUGGUACUCUCACGGUUCGUGAAACAAUUUCGUAUUCAGCUAGACUUCGGCUGCCUGAUAAAAUGGCCUGGGAAGAAAAACGGUCACUGGUUGAGAGUACGAUUGUUGAGAUGGGACUUCAAGAUUGUGCUGAGACAGUUAUUGGAAACUGGCACUUACGUGGGAUUAGCGGAGGUGAGAAGAGGAGAGUAAGCAUUGCUCUUGAGAUCCUCAUGAGGCCUAGAUUGCUCUUUCUUGAUGAGCCAACAAGUGGACUUGAUAGUGCAUCAGCAUUCUUUGUGACUCAGACGUUACGCGCUCUUUCUAGAGAUGGAAGAACUGUCAUAGCCUCUAUACAUCAACCGAGCAGUGAAGUGUUUGAACUCUUUGAUCGACUGUACUUACUUUCUGGGGGAAAGACUGUAUAUUUUGGUCAGGCUUCGGAAGCAUAUGAGUUCUUUGCACAAGCUGGUUUCCCCUGCCCUUCUCUGAGAAACCCGUCUGAUCAUUUCCUGCGGUGCAUCAAUUCUGAUUUUGACAAAGUUAAGGCUACCCUAAAAGGAUCUAUGAAACUGAGGUUUGAAGCAAAUGAUGACCCUUUGGACAAGACUACAACAGCUGAGGCAACUAGAACUCUUACAGAAUUCUAUCGUUCAUCUCACUACUUUUAUUCAGCAAGAGAAAAAGUUGAGGCGAUGUCUAAACUAAAAGGGACAGUGCUAGAUUCAGGAGGUAGUCAGGCUAGUUUCUUGAUGCAGGCUUUUACGCUAACCAAGCGCUCUUUUGUCAACAUGUCGAGGGACUUUGGUUAUUACUGGCUCAGGCUUGUAAUCUAUAUUGUAGUCACAGUCUGCAUAGGGACAAUCUAUUUGAAUGUUGGGACUAGUUACAAUUCCAUUCUGGCAAGAGGAGCUUGUGCAUCCUUUGUGUUUGGAUUUGUCACAUUCAUGUCCAUUGGCGGAUUUCCGUCUUUUGUUGAAGAUAUGAAAGUGUUUCAAAGGGAGAGAUUGAAUGGGCACUAUGGGGUGGUUGCAUUUGUCAUCAGCAACACACUAUCUGCAAUGCCAUUUCUUCUGAUGAUCACAUUCAUCUCUGGAACAAUCUGCUAUUUUAUGGUCCAUCUCCAUUCCGGGUUCACUCAUUACCUCUUCUUCGUGUUGUGUCUCUAUGCAAGUGUCACAGUUGUAGAAAGCCUCAUGAUGGCUAUAGCGAGCAUUGUUCCCAACUUCCUCAUGGGAAUAAUCAUCGGUGCUGGUAUUCAGGGAAUCUUCAUGUUAGUAUCAGGAUACUUCAGACUUCCGCAUGACAUUCCGAAGCCAGUUUGGAGAUAUCCAAUGUCUUACAUUAGUUUUCACUUCUGGGCUCUUCAGGGACAAUACCAGAAUGAUCUAAAGGGACUUGUAUUCGACAACCAGACGCCUGAUCAACCAAAAAUCCCCGGGGAAUAUGUAUUGGAAUAUGUGUUUCAGAUUGAUGUGAAUCGAUCAAAAUGGGUAGAUCUAAGUGUCAUCUUCAGCAUGAUUGUCAUAUACCGCAUAAUAUUUUUCCUGAUGAUCAAGAUCAACGAAGACUUGACGCCAUGGCUCAGAGGUUAUAUGGCGAGACGGAGAAUAAUGCAGAAGAAUGGAGGGCAGAAUACAACGGUGGCUCCAUAUGGCCUCACUCAGUCUCCUUCACUGAGGAAUUAUGUGGACAAUAUAGCUACAGGAGGCGGCAGGCGUAGGCAACCACCGAGACGUGUUUAAAGUCUCCGGGGAGUUUUCUGAUUUCAUACGUUUGUAUUCCACUCUAGAAAGUUGACAUAGAUCAUCAUCGUAAUGUAACAUG